GAGACGAGUCGCGCAUCAGCAGAGGCGCUUUGCGGGAGGUCGCGAGCGGAACUUCUCCCGUUAUUACCGCAAAUUAAAGCGGUAUCAGCGCUUCGAGAAAUGAUGCCCCCGAGCAGAUUCGGUGCUGCUACACUCCUGCUGCUGUUUGCAUUCUUCUCACACGGAUCUCAGUGGACUUUUCGCCAAGAGCAAGAAGAUGCAAGCAGAGAAGUGUGUUCAGAGAACAACAUCGCCACCACUAAGUACCCGUGUGUGAAGUCCACAGGAGAGGUGACCACAUGCUACAGGAAGAAGUGUUGUGGAGGCUUUAAGUUCGUCCUGGGACAGUGUAUUCCUGAAGAUUACGACGUGUGCGCCGACGCCCCCUGUGAGCAGCAGUGCACGGAUCAUUUCGGCCGCGUCGUCUGCACGUGUUACCCCGGUUACCGCUACGACCGAGAACGCCAUAGAAACCGGCAGAAACCCUACUGCUUAGACAUCGAUGAGUGCAGCAGUAAAAACGAGACGGUUUGCUCUCAGAUCUGCAUCAACACUCCGGGCAGCUACAGGUGCGAAUGUGAGACGGGUUUCUACCUGGAGGAGGACGGCAAGACAUGCAGCAAAGGCCAAAGAGAUCCUCUCUUUGAGAAGUCUGAUAAUGUGAUGAAGGCAGGAACCUGCUCAGCCACGUGUGAAGACUUUCAUCAGAUCAAAAUAAACGUUUUUCAGCUCAAACAGAAGAUGGCCAUGCUAGUGAGCAGCACCGAGGUCAACAAGCAGAUGACCAGUGAGAAGAUGUUGACAGCACGUUCCUUUCUGCCUGGACCUCCAGGACAACCUGGACCUCCCGGAGUUCCUGGUCCUAAAGGUUCUCCUGGACCCCCGGGGAGAUCCGGUGCUCCAGGUCUGCCUGGUCCUCGGGGCCCGAUGGGGCCCAUGGGUCCCUCCCCGGACCUCACGCACAUCAAACAGGGCCGACGCGGACCAAUGGGUCCUCCCGGUGCUCCAGGCAGAGAUGGCAUGAAGGGGGAGAAAGGGGCUCCUGGACCUUCCGGACCUCCGGGACCUCCAGGAUCGUUCGACUUCCUCUUACUGCUCAUGGCUGACAUCCGUAACGACAUCGCAGAGCUGCAGCAGAAAGUGUUCGGAAAGCAGAUUCCGUCCCCCGCCGAGGAUUUCUGGAAGGACGGCGUGGACUUCGGCUCCGGAGAGGACUUCAAAUCCAACGGUCCGUUAAGAAGGAAGCGGAAAUCUCCUGACGCUUCUGCAGAUCCUGACUGGAAGAUCUGAGAAGUUUUUAUGUUCAAACAAAGUCAAAAACUGAUUUGUAAGAAGAGAGAACGGUGUAAAUGAUAUUUUAUUUAACUACAUACUCUUUUAAAUGAAGUCUGAAUGUAUUUCUUUGUAUGAAAUUCUAUUUUUUUAACAUAAAAGAUGUACAUAUUUAUCA